AUGCUGAAGCCCGCCGCGAAGGGCGGCCUCUCGGCCAGGGCACCGUCCCUGGCCGCUGUGGAGGCGCGCAUGCGCCGCCUGUCCGUUUCCUGCGCGGCUGCCGCGGAGCGCCCCGGACCAGUGCCUGAGUUUGUUCAGCCGCCAUCGGUGAGGGGAAAGCUGGGGCCCAAGUAUGCGAUCAUUGAGGUUGGGGGCAACCAGCAAUUUGUGGAGGAGGGUCGUUGGUACACAUGCAACCGACUGAAGGGCUGCGACCCAGGCGCCACAGUUAAAUUUCCCAGGGUUCUGGCAGCCAAGGACAAUGGACGGCUCCGCGUGGGCCAACCCUACCUGGAGGACGUCACCGUUGAGGGCGACAUUGUGGAAGAGCUGCGUGGGCCCAAGAUUGUGGUGAUGAAGUUCAAGCCAAAGAAACACUACAAGAGAACUCAAGGACACCGACAAGACCUGACGAAGUUCAAGAUCACGAAGAUCAGCGUCGAGUGA